AUGGAUCUCAGCAGAUUCCGAUACCAAGGAGCUGAUGCCCGGGAGUUGAAGCCCGCAACUAAGACGUUGGGGAGCCCCCCUAGGAGGACGUCGAAGGCAGUUGGCAAGAAGAUCAAUGGCAAGGCAGAGGGCAAAACCGAGGACAGGUCAGUUAGCCAGACAGAGGACCAACCAGAGGACCCGACAGAUGGCAAAAAGACAGGUGAUCCGGUAAAGGCGGCUGAGAUGGACGACGCCAAACCGCCCCAGUCUCUUUUACCCUUACCUACGCUUCUCAAACCCCGUCUGAGACUCGUAUUCGUCGGGUUCAAUCCCGGAAUCAUGUCUUCGGAAAAAGGCCACUACUACGCCCAUCCUUCGAACUCCUUCUGGAAAAACUUGAACAAGUACGUGGUCAUCGGAGGCGGUCUGACGUGCUACGACGAUUCCUCUCUUAUGGACAGCCACGGAAUCGGAUUCACGGACCUGGUGGCUCGUCCGACGCGAGGCUGCGAAGACUUGUCGCGUGAAGAGAUGGCCCUGGGCGCGCAGAUUCUCGUGGACCAGAUUAGCGCCAACAAACCGGCGCUGGUGUGUAUUGUGGGCCGCGGCAUUUGGGCGACUGUAUUUCGCGCCGUGUUCAAGCACCAGGGGAUCAAGAAGAGUGAGAUGCCUCACUUUGGGCUCAUGCCCGUGCACAUGGGCACAUCGAGGGUGUUUGUGGUGCCCAGUACGAGUGGGUUGGUGAGAGAUAAGAGGCUGGAGCUGUGGAGGGAGUUAGGACAACUGUAUCGCGGGAAGGGGGAGAAACAGGAGGACACAGAUCAUGUGCUGCUACAAGCCUCAGAAAGGGUCAGUAACCCCAAGAAAGAAGACGAUUGUAGUCAUGAUUUCAGUGGCCGUGUCAAGAAGGAAGAGACGGAUAUGUGA